GAGGCUGCAGUUCAAAAGCAACCUAGAGUCCUGACACUAAUAAACAUGGAAGCUCUAGGCUGUGGGACAAUUCUUCUCACCACUCUCCUCUCUCUUAUAAUAUUUUAUUUUAUAUGGAAUAAUAUCUAUAGGAGACCAAAACUUCCCCCAGGUCCUACCCCACUUCCUCUGAUUGGGAAUCUGAUGCAGGUCAGAAAUGGAGAGAUGGCAAAAACUCUGAUGGAGCUGGGCAAGCAGUAUGGCUCGGUGUACACCUUUCACUUUGGGCCCCGCCCCGUGGUUGUAUUCUGUGGUUACGAAGCUGUGAAAGAAGCACUGGUAGAUCAUGGAGAUGACUUUAUAGGCCGCGGAAGACAGCCCACAGUGGACAGAGUCUUCCAGGGAUAUGGGUUAAUGACAAGUGAAGGAAAUCGCUGGAAACAGCUGAGACGCUUUUCCCUCUCCACACUAAGACAGUACGGUUUAGGAAAGAGGAGCAUUAACGAGAGGAUCCAGGAGGAGUGUAGCUUCCUGGUGCAAGAGCUCCGGACUUAUAAAGAGAGGGAGUUUAACCCAGCCAUUCUCAUUACCAAGGCUGUUUCCAAUGUCAUCUGCUCUGUUGUAUUUGGGAGCCGCUUCCAGUACGAUGAUGCCAAGUUUCACAGAAUGCUGGAUAUUUUCUAUGAAACCUUUGAGCUCAUGAGUUCCACCUGGGGCCAGAUACAAGAUAUGAUUCCAAUAAUUAUGAACCACAUCCCUGGGCCUCACCAGAAAAUCACCACGUUAUUGGAGGAACUGAACGAUUUUGUAGCUGGGCGAGUGAAGAUGAAUAUGGAGACAUUGGACAAGAAUGACCCUAGAGAUUACAUAGACUGCUUCCUUAUCAAAAUGCAGGAGGAAAAGGAUAUUCCUGACUCGGAAUUCAACAUGAGGAACUUAAUUCUGACUCUUAACAACUUGUUUUUUGCUGGAGGUGAAACUGUGGCCACUACGUUAAAGCACGGAAUUCUUUUGCUCCUUAAGUACCCGGAUAUACAAGCUAAGAUCCAUGAAGAGAUAGAUCAUGUGAUAGGACGUGAUUGCCAGCCAAAUAUUGAUCACCGGAGCAAGAUGCCGUACACGGAUGCUGUUAUCCAUGAGAUACAAAGGUUCAGCAAUGUGAUCCCAAUGAAUGCACCGCACUCCACAACCAGGGACACAGAGUUUAGAGGAUACACUAUUCCCAAGGGUACUGGAGUAUGUGCCUUGCUGUGCUCUGUCCUUGAAGACCCAACUCACUUUGCUACCCCUCAUAAAUUUAAUCCUGAGCACUUCUUGGACUCUGAGGGCAAGUUCCUGAGAAAUGACGCCUUCCUACCAUUUUCUAUAGGGAAGAGGAUGUGUCUUGGGGAAGGUUUGGCUCGCACAGAACUCUUCCUGUUCCUCACCUCCAUUCUACAGAACUUUGUGCUGACAUCACAGACACAAUUCACUGAGUCUGAUAUCUACCCCAGAAUGACUGGCUUUGCCAAUGUUCCAAUACCUUAUCACAUGGCAUUUGUGUCACGCUGACUGUACUGUAUCAAUAUUUAUGCGUAUGCAGAAACAUAAUUUAGCCAGCACGUCAUUCUUCACAUUAUUAGUAAUAAAUUAAUGAUUAAAAACUUUUUAUGCGAAGUAACUCAUUUUGUAAUUAGCAAUAUUUAACUUCUUGGCUUGCUGUAGCCCUUUAAAAGGGGUGGGGGCAGGAUUGCACACCCUAAUUUUAAACAUUAGAGAUGCUACUGUAGCCCUAAUUAUUGAGAAAUUCAUUGUAUAUUUAGUCCCUGACAAGAUGUAACUUACACUAUUUAUUUUGCUUUGUAUUUGUAACCAAUAUUAAUAAAAGUAAAUUUUUAAAUGUUUAAAAAAAAA